ACCCAAAGUCUUCAUUCCACCGUUCAACUCAACACAUUAACUCCGAAGAACUCCCGCAGGCUCUCAUAAUCUGCUGGCGACGCGACAAUAACGUUUCACCCAAACUCUUCAAUCCACCGUUCGAUUUCCCACACCUAACCAUCUAAUCCAUACGAUCCUUCAAUUUCACUUCUGGAAUUCUUUUCCUCUUCAAAUCUGAACCAUCUUCCCAAAUUCUGCUUCCUCCUCUGCCAGAGCUGGAAGAAGACGACUGGCUAGGAUCCGUCUUUUUCCGUCAUGGGUCCUGAACCGGCAAAGCCAACUCCGACGGCAGAUCAGGAAGAAGACUCAUCUAAUCCCUCCACCGCUCUGCUCUCUUUCGACACCGAUGCAUAUUCUUCAAACCCAACUCAUAAAACCAGCAUUCUCUUCAUUUCUCUCACUCUCAUUACUUGUAUCGCGCUCUCCGCCGCUUUCGCCUUCGCCUUCCUCUUCUUCUCCGCCACUUCCGGCAUCAAUUCCACUGCCCGUGCUCUCUCAAAGCUGAAACGUCCCGUGGUUCUAUUGAUCUCCUCCGAUGGGUUUCGAUUUGGGUAUCAAUUCAAAACCGCAACCCCUAACAUUGACCGUCUGAUCGCGAAUGGGACCGAAGCCGAGAGGGGUUUGAUUCCUGUUUUUCCGACUUUAACAUUUCCCAAUCAUUACUCCAUCGUCACUGGCCUUUAUCCAGCUCAUCACGGCAUAAUCAACAACUAUUUUCUCGAUCCGGUGACUGGAGAUGCCUUCACCAUGGCUAAUCACGACCCUAAGUGGUGGCUUGGCGAGCCGCUGUGGGAGACGGUGACCAAUCAAGGGCUCAGAGCGGCAACGGUCUUUUGGGUCGGCGCUGAGGUAAACAAAGGUUCAUGGUCUUGCCCUGUUGAUUUAUGUCAUCAUUAUAAUGAAUCGGUUCCAUUUGAGGAAAGAGUAGAUAUGAUUUUGCACUAUUUCGACUUGCCUAGUGAGGAGAUUCCUGUGUUUAUGACUCUGUAUUUUGAGGACCCGGAUCAUCAGGGUCACAAGGUUGGGCCUGAUGAUCCACAAAUCACUGAUGCUGUAGCUAGAAUUGAUUUAAUGCUUGGGAAACUCAUUUCUGGCUUGGAAAAAAGAGGGGUUUAUGAGGAUGUUAAUAUAAUCUUAGUGGGUGAUCAUGGAAUGGUUGGGACUUGUGAUAAGAAGUUGAUUUUUCUCGAAGAUUUAGCUCCAUGGAUUGUGAUUCCAGAGAGUUGGGUUCAAUCAAGAACUCCUCUACUGGCAAUUCGUCCACCUCCUGAUCUUUCACCUUCUAAGGUUGUUUCGAAAAUGAAUGAGGCUUUGCAAUCUGGGAAUGUUAAGAAUGGGAAGCGUUUGAAAAUAUAUGUCAAGGAAGAGCUUCCAUCUCGGCUUCAUUACAGCGCAAGCGAUCGAAUUCCACCUGUGAUUGGGUUGCUUGAUGAAGGAUUCAAGGUGGAGAUGAAAAAUAGUAAGAGGGAGGAGUGUGGAGGAGCUCAUGGAUAUGAUAAUGCAAUCUUCUCCAUGAGAACCAUCUUCAUUGGCCAUGGUCCACAGUUUGCAAGGGGGAGAAAAGUCCCAUCUUUUGAAAAUGUUCAGAUAUAUAACUUGGUUACUUCAAUUCUCAACAUUAAACCUGCACCUAACAAUGGUUCUGCAUCAUUUCCUCAAUCAAUUCUCUUGCCUUCUUCAUAGAAUCCUAAUACAUUCUCUUCAUAUUUACGAGCUGCCUGUCGCAAGCAGAGUACCACGACGAUUAGGUGUACAAUAUUGUUUCUUUUACUUGGACAACGCUGUGGGGAAUGUUCAAGAAUUCGACCAUGAUGUACAUUGCGGAAAAACAAUGCUUAUUUUUGUCUUGGAUGGAUGGCUUGCGAUCAUUUCUUAUCGUGAGUGUGAAUCCAUCAGUUAGCAGCGGUUUAUAACACUAGUUUAUACAGUUCUGUAUGGUAAUUCUGUGAGAUUCCAUUGUGGUUCGGCAGAAUGACAGAGCUUGUAAUUUUUUAACUUUUAGCUCAUGUUCUUAUGUUGUUGUUCUUCAUCUGCAGAGGUAUCAUAUUCAAAGACUCUGAUAAGUUGAUAGAUAUCUAAAACAAAUUCCUAUAUCAGUUUCCUGUUUCUAGUUUGGUAGUUUGUUGUCUUGUCCUCUUGAAUUCCAUCUUUUAUUUCUUU